AUGCGUUUCUUCAGUACAGCAGCUCUCGCGGCCGCCUUGUUUGCAACAACUGUGAUAGCAGGGAUGGAACAGAUGGCGGCCGUUUUACCCUCGUGUGCGCUGGAUUGUAUGAUGACUUCAGUGUCACAAUCGUCCUGUGAGCCAACCGACCAGCGAUGUCUAUGCAAGGAUGCACAUUACACAGCUGUUCUCCAGAAAUGCGUUGUUUCUAGUUGCACAAUUCGAGAAUCUCUGACUACAAAAAAUGUUACAACAUCGGCGUGCGGGGUCCCUAUCCGGGACCACACAAAGAUUGUUUCUUAUGCCGGGGUUGGAGGUGGAAUUGUAGCCCUUAUCGCUUUCAUUCUCCGGAUGCUGGCUCGAUUGAGCUGCUGUGGUGGUAUUUUUGGCGCGGAUGAUUGGACAAUGGUAUUGACAAUGGUAUACACGGCCCUCCCCUUAGCUCGAACCGAAUUGUCUUCUUACUGGAAAUUGGCAGGUUUUACUCAUUCCCCUUUCAGCACUAUCGGUCUGGCCAAUGCAGGUUUAGGAAAGGAUAUGUGGACCCUUCCUUUCGACAACAUCACCCAUAUUCUUUAUGUCUAUUUUUGGGAUGAAUUGCUCUAUCUAAGCAUUCUCCCGCUGACUAAGAUAUCAAUUUGCUGUUUCUACCUUCGUAUCUUCCCUAGUCGGGCGUUCCGGACAGCAACUUACGUGGCAAUUGCACUCAAUGUGUGCUACUUGGUUGCCUUUGUCUUGAUUUCGGUGUUCCAGUGUCGACCUCUACCCGGAGCGUGGCACCGCUGGGAUGGAGAGGAGAACUAUAAGUGCAACCAUAUCAACGCACAAGGCUGGGCAGCAGCAGUUCUCAACAUGAUUCUUGAUAUAUUUGUCAUGGUGCUUCCACUCCGCCAGAUAUACCAUUUAAACCUUUCAGUGAAACGAAAGUCAUAUGUGAUAUGCAUGUUUAGCCUGGGUAUUUUUGUCACCCUUGUCAGCAUCCUUCGGCUCAAUUCACUCAUUCACUUUGCUUCCACCACUAACCUAACAUGGGAUUACGUGACAGUUGGAUAUUGGAGUACCAUCGAAUGCCAUGUUGGCGUUAUAUGUGCGUGUCUGCCUGCCAUUAGAUCCUUAUUACGUCGUGUAUCCCCCAGACUCUUUGGCGAUACAGAGCCAGUCAAAUCAUCAUAUGCCAUGAACUCUCAUUCCCGUGGGAAUGGAUCUCGAUCCGCCGGUAUCCCUGCGCAGAGCAAGAGUGCUGGUCGGGAAUUCUACCCACUUGAUGAGGUGGAUACCUCUGACGAAGCCCGGCUACAUCACCCCUACCCGGUGUAG